GAUAUAAGGAAAAAAUCAAACUGAAUUAAAUCAGGAAAGGAAUUCAACCAAAUCAAACUGACACGAACUGAAAAGAUCGAACGGAACCUAUUGACUUAGGUCUGGCCUCACUCCUCGUCCUCGUUUAAUCUUCUAUUCUCGCACACAGGAUACAUACGCAAACCAGAGGCGACUGGCAAAGGCGAAGGUGAAUCAGGAAACUGUAAAGCUCCCAGUCGAACCCCGUUCCUUUCAUUAAAAGGGUGCGAUUGAGUUGGCGCAAGGGAAAAUUUACAGCACUUAAUUUUCCUUGGGGGAUUGAUCUUAGACCACGGUGCUUCUUUGAAUAAUUUGACCAUGACAGAUAUGGCAUGGCUUGGGGCUUUCUUUCUUGGUGCUAGCUGCCUUGCUAUUGCAUAUCUUUUUGGUGCACGGCAUUCUGCUCACUUUUUCCUCUCAAGAAGAGCGUCUGGAGAGGCUGGAAUAGUAGCUGACCUGAACAAAAAAAAGGCGUCCAAACAACCCCUUGAGAUUGAAAACCUCGCUGAGAUUCUUGAGGACUUCAAGAUGGUUUUAGUUGUAAGAAACGACUUAAAGAUGGGGAAAGGAAAGAUUGCUGCCCAAUGCAGCCAUGCAACUUUAGGUCUAUACAAGAAGCUUUAUAACCGGGCACCAAAAGCUCUGGGAAGGUGGGAGAUGUGUGGUCAGGUUAAGGUCGUUGUCAAAAUUGAAAGUGAAGAUGAUAUGCUGGCUUUACAAGAAAAGGCAAAAUUGAUUAACUUACCAACACAUGUAACCAUUGAUGCUGGGAGAACUCAAAUUGCACCAAACUCAAGGACAGUGAUGGCAAUUCUUGGACCAGCAGAUAUGGUGGACGAUGUAACCGGUGGACUUAAGCUGUUGUAGUGCCCAUACAGCUUUUCCUUUCCUUAUAUGGAGCAAGACCUGCAAACUUUGUACAAAUGAAACUGAAGAUUCUUGUGGUUUUCUGUAUUGAUAAUGGCGAAAUAUCUCCCACUUUCUGCAGUUGAGCCCGAUUCCAUUUAUGCGCACUACAAGUAGAGAGAUAUAUGGAAUUUUAUACCAACAUUCCUGUCACGGCCUCCUUAACCUGCCAUUUUGCAGCCGUUUGGUACAUGGAAUUCUAAGUAUGGAAUUGGAAUUGAAGACUUCAAUUCUAAAUCUGGUGUUUGGUAGCAAAAAACUUGUGUAGAUUUG